AUGUUCCAUCAAGCUUAUGAACAAUUGCAUAAUCAUGCACAUACAUUAUUUCGAAGGGCGGACAACCGUCUAUGGAUUGCACAAUAUCUCGGAAAGCAUAGCGUUGAUCAAGGCAGACUGUAUCGGAAUUCAAUAUCAUAUAUUUGUGCUGAUAUAUGUAGUACACGAUUACCAUUGUUUAUUUUGUGUCCUAAUGGACGAACGAAUAUUGGUCUAAAUCGUGAUCGAUGGAUUCCGAAUGUAUUUCCGCCGAAUAAAUCGAUACCGGAUCGAAUAAAAAGACACUAUCGUUUUAUUGGACAAUUGAUGGGCAUGGCUAUACGAAAGAAACAUUAUUUAGAUUUGAAAUUUUCCGGCUUCUUAUGGAAACAAUUAGUUCGAGACCAAAUAACAAUUGAAGAUAUUGAAGCAAUUGAUAUACAAAGUUUUACAUUCAUCAAUGAAAUGGAAAAAACUAUUGAAGAAAAUAUUCAAUCCACGAAUACUGAUAAUGAUAUCAAUGAUUUACUGAAUAGUAUUUGGGAAGAUAUGCGAUUCGAAUGUGUCAGUUCAGCUGGUGAAAUCUAUGAACUUAUUCCCGAUGGUCACAAAAUUCCGAUUAGAGCAUCUAAUUUUAAAGAAUACUGUAAACUUUAUAGAGACUAUCGUCUAAAUGAAUUUCGUCAACAAAUUGAAUUUAUUCGUCAGGGUUUAUAUAGUGUUAUUCCUGGUUAUUAUCUAAUUUUAUUUACGGCAAAUGAACUCGAAGAAGCUGUAUGUGGAAAAGGUAAAAUGGAUAUGGAUUUAUUAAAACGAAAUACGACCUAUGGUGAUGGCUACAAUCGAAAGUCAUCAUGUAUUCAAUAUUUUUGGACGGUUCUUGUUGACAUGUUUACUGAAGAACAGAAGAAAAUGUUUUUGAAAUUCGUUUGGGGACGAUCAACAUUGCCAUGCUGUGAUAAUAAUUUUCAAUCGAAAUUCCGAAUCAAUCCAUAUUAUGUAGCUGAUCACUUGAAGGACAAAACACUUCCAAGUAAGUGA